GCUGGGGCGGGGGCUGUACAUCACUGCAGCAUCCUCAGCAUCAGCACCAGGAUGAGCAACGUAGAGAGCGUGGCACAGAGCUACCAGCAGUUCAACCCCCGGGCAUACCUACAGAACAACUACGUGCCGCCGCGGGCAGACUUCUCCAAUGAAGGCAGUGUGGUACAGUGGAAGCUGCGCUGCCUGGCUGAUGCCUGCGCCACAGGAGAGAUCGGAGGGCACACCCUUGUAGACAUUGGUUCAGGUCCCACAAUAUACCAGAUUCUGAGCGCCUCUGAGCAUUUCAAGGAAGUGGUGCUGACAGAUUAUUUGGAAGUGAAUCGGGCAGAGCUCAGAAGGUGGCUGCAAGACGAGCCUGGAGCAUUCGACUGGAGUCCAUAUAUCAAACAUGUCAGCAAGCUUGAGGGAAGAGGGGACAGCUGGCAGGAGAAGCAGAAGCGCAUCCGGGAGCGGGUAAAGACGGUGCUGCCGGUGGAUGUUCAUCAGCCCAAUCCCCUAGGGGAGGAGAUAAGCAGCGGCUCCGUGGAUGCGUUGGUAUCUACCUUCUGCUUGGAGGCCUGCAGCCCAAACUUGGAGAUGUUUCAUAGGGCCCUUGGUAACAUCACCAAACUGUUGAAGCCCGGGGGCCACUUGCUCUUCAUUGGUGCCUUGGAGGAGUCUUAUUAUCUGGCCGGAGAGGCCAAGCUGAAUGUAGUUCCCGUCACGGAAGAGAUCGUACGAAACGCGCUGUCCGACGCCAGCUACAAGAUCAAGGAGUUUAAGACCUACAUCAUGCCCCCCACACUAAAGGUCGGGGUAGAUGAUGUCAAUGGGGUGUUUUUUGCCUGGGCCCAGAAACAGGACUCAAAAUAAAAUUACUCCUUCCCACCCUGGAACUCUAAACACUUAUAUCAUGUGGCCCUUUGACUGUAUAUAUAUAUAUAUAUAUAUAUAUAUAUAU